AUGGCGAGCGGGCAACCAGGAGCCAAACGCGAGAGAGACGCUGGAGAUCGCUGCGACUGGCGGCUGCAGAGUAUCGAAGUGGAGAGCGGCUUGGAUGGGGUCGGUGAGUGCUUUUGGGAGGAGGAGAGGCGAGCGAGAUGGGACAGGCCCUCAAAGCGUUUCACCUCAAGGGGACGGGGUCGCGAACCAUUGGCCAGCCCGGCAGGUGGGCCGGGGAUAUUUGGACCACGGGCACCAACAGGAUUAAAAUGGCAGCACGUCAGCCGUGGCUUGCGCGCAGCACUUGACCAGCUACGACACAGCGCGCCCUGGAUCCUUUGUUGGCUGCUGGUUGACAAGCAGAGACAAGCAGAGACAGACGCGGCGGAGACGAGGCAGAGCAGCAAGAAGCCAGCAACACCUCUGCAUCUCGUCUGGCGGGAGACGCCGGCUAAACGGUGGCCGCAUAUCCUCAAUCAACAGAAGAGUGCAACGUCUUUGUGA